AUGAAGAGUCUUAGUGAGGCUACCCUCUACACCAAAGCAAGGGGAGAUGAAAUUCUAAUUGUUUCAAUUCAUGUGGAUGACAUAGUGUAUACAGGGAAUAAAAAUGAUCUGUUGAAAGAAUUCAAGGAGGAUAUGAUGGUCAAGUAUGAAAUGACUGAUUUGGGUCUUCUUCAUCAUUUUCUUGGCAUGAGAAUUAUUCAAACUCACUCUAGUAUUUUUAUUCACCAAAGAAAGUAUGUUGCUUCUCUGCUGAAUAAAUUUGGCCUAAGUGAGUGCAAAUCUGUAUUCACACCCCUUGUUCCAUCAGAUAAGUUGUGUAAAGAUGAUGGUAGUGGAUCAGCAAGUGAGGAACAAUAUAGAAGAAUUGUGGGAAGCUUGCUAUAUCUUACUGCCACUCGACCAGAUAUAAUGUAUGAUGCCAGUCUCCUUGCUAGGUUCAUGAACAGUCCCACAAAUAAGCAUUUUGGUACUGCUAAAAGAGUGCUAAGAUACAUUAAAGGUACUCUGGAUUAUGGCUUGGAGUAUGUGAAAGGAAAAAAUGCAAUGCUAAUUGGAUUUUGUGAUAGUGAUGGGGGAGGAUCGGUUGAUGACAACAAAAACACUUCUGGAAAUGCUUUUUCUUUUGGCAGUAGGGUGUUUUCAUGGGCUUCAAUGAAACAAAAUUGUGUAGCUCUUUCCACUGCAGAAGCUGAGUAUAUCUGUGCUUCUGAGGCAACCGCCCAAGUUAUUUGGCUUAGGUUUGUCCUUGAAGACUUUGGUGAAUUAUAA